UGACACCAUGGGUGACACCAUGGGUGACCGAGGUGCCACUGCCCCGCUGCUCUUGCUGCUGCUGCUGGCCUGCCAGCCGCUGUCCCUCGGCGCGGGACCCCCGGCCGGAGCCUCUUUCUUCGGGGACAGCUUCGUGGAGCUGCCGCUGGCAGAUGCCUCACGGGCACUGCGGCUGCAGCUGCAGCUGCUCACCAGCCAGGCCAGUGGGCUCCUCUUCCUGGCUGCUGGCCACCCCGACCACCUCCUGCUCCAGCUGCGAGCUGGCAGCCUGCAGGCCAGACUGCAGCUGGGCCAGGAGGAGGUGAUGCUGCAGUCCCCAGAAGAGCUGCAGCUCAAUAACCUGGUCAAGCACGAGGUGGAGCUGCUGGUGGAGGAUGGCAGGAUGACACUGACCAUUGAUGGCCUUUUCAACAGCUCUGUGGACAUUCCAGGGCCUGUACAAGAGCUGGACAUCAAGUAUGGCCUCUAUGCUGGUGGGACAGGCAGCCUUGACCUGCCAUACCUCACUGAGGCCAGCCCACCCUUCAGAGGUUGCCUCCACUUAGUGACUUUCAAUGGCCUGGAUGUCCUCUCCCCUCUGUCCUCUGAUGGCAGCUCCAAGGUUUUCCACCGAGUCCAGGAAGGGUGCAGCACACAGUUCUUUGCAGAGCCUGAGGACCCCUUUGGGUUCCUGGGGCCUCACUCCUACAUUGCGUUUCCCACGUGGGAUGCAAGGGAGGAAGCAACCAUCGAGUUCGUGAUAACAACAAGCAUCACCCAGGCCCCCCUCAUCUACCACGCGGGGCUGGAGAAUGACUUCUUCUACCUGGAGAUCUCCAACGGGCGCCUCAGAGGGUUUGUUGAGAAGGGCAAUGGCAUCAUUGUCCUGCACAACAACGUCUUCAUCAGCGACGAGCAGCAGCAUUAUGUCAAAGUCUACACAGACAUCCACAAGUUUGAGAUCCUGAUCGAUUACUACGCCUCAUCCACAUCCAACCGGGGCAUCAACAACCACCUGGACCUCCAGGGAAACCUCUUCAUUGGAGGUAUGAAUGAAAAAGCUUUGCAGAGGCUAAAGGAGCAUCAUCUCGCUUUCAUCUCAGUGUGGACCAUGACCAACAACUCGUUUGUUGGCUGCUUGGAGGACCUGCGGAUAAACCUGCAGAGGAGAAGCCUGCAAGAUGCCGUGAUCACCAGGGACAUCACAUCGGGCUGUGGAAAGCAGGAGCACUACUGGGACUAUGACGAGUUGUAUGAGCAGGAUGAAGCACCCACCUCCCCACCUCCAGAUGUCCAGGCAGGAGCACCAGGCCUGGUGGUGGAACCAUGCCGGCCAGACAGCAGCUUCCCACCAGCCUUUGCCAACAUCAGCAGGCUGCUUCAUGUCAGCCCCCUCAUGGUCUCUGAAGGGGGCAUGGCCUAUCUGGAGUGGAAACAUGCCCAGCCAACAGUAGACUUGAGUCUUGCAAACAUCCGGCAGUCCCAGAUCCUCUUCAGCAUCACCAACGACCCCAGGCAUGGCCAGCUGGAGCUGGACAUCCCUGGGUCCAGGAGCAGAAGGAAGUUCACCUUGUUGGAUAUCGUGAAUCGGAAAGUCAGAUACGUCCACGAUGGCUCUGAGGGGCCCAUGGACCAGCUGAUGCUGGAGGUGACAGUGACUGCCCAGCAAGGGGUCCCCGAGUGCUUGCGGCAGGGGCAGAUGUACCUGCUGCCCAUCAUGAUCAACCCCACCAACGAUGCCCCACAGGUCAUCUUUCCCCAUGGGAACCACAUGACAAUCCUGAAGCACACACGGAAGCACCUGACCACAGAUAUCCUGCAGGUCCUAGAUGAUGACACAUCCUGCGAUGACCUCGAAUUCCAGCUGCAUGGGGGCCAGCAGAUGGAGGAGGGUUACGUGGAGUAUGACUUCCAGCCUGGAGUGCCCAUCGAAGAGUUCUCCUGCAGGGACCUGGAAGCAGGCAACGUAGUCUACGUGCACCAGAGUGGGACAAACUUACAGCUCACCUUGCAGGUGAGUGAUGGCACGUUCCCAAGCCCCGUGGCCACCCUAAGGAUCCUUGCCAUCGACCCUGACAUCCACCUCCAGAACAACACUGGCCUCUCCAUCUCCCAAGGAGGGGCUGCGCGCGUUACCACGGCCAACCUCUCAGUGGAGACAAAUGCUGUGAAUCAACGGGUCACCAUCCUGUAUGUCCUCACAGAGCCCCUAAAGUAUGGUGAGGUCCAGAAGCAAGGCAGCAUGGGAGGGGAAUGGAAAAAAGUCGAGUCCUUCCACCAGCAAGACCUGGAGCAAGGGCGCAUCCAGUAUUUCAGCACAGACUCGGAGCACAGGCUGGAAGAUACCACGGAGAAGCUGAGAUUCGAAGUCCAGGUGGGGCAGAAGGUCUUGCAUAACAACACGUUCCUCAUAAGGAUUAAAAGAGCCACCAUUAAGAUGAAGACCAUGGUCCCCCUCCAGAUGAAGAACAAGCGGCACAGAAAUAUCACCAGUAAGGAGCUGGAGGCAAUGUUGGAAGAUGCCAACUCUGCCCCAGUCCCUUUCCACUACGUGAUAAUCCAGGCUCCCAAAAAGGGGAACCUGGAGCUGCUCGGCAACAGGUUGACUGAAGGCUUUGGGUUUACCCAGGAUGACCUGCAGAGAAACCACCUGAGCUACAGCGUGACCAUCAGGAACUCUCAGCAAGCUGAGGACACCUUCCAGUUCCGUGUCCGUGCUGGUGAGCAGCACUCUCCUGUCUACACUUACACAAUCAGCAUUGGUGGGGACCCUGAUGCGCCAGCCCUGACCAACGUCCUCCUGACCGUGCCAGAAGGGGGACAGGCUGUCAUCUCCAAAGACCACCUGUUUGUACAGAGCAUGAACAGCAUGGAUUACCUCUAUGAAGUGAUUGAGGGGCCAGCACACGGGAGGCUGGCCUGGGCUGCAUCCCACGGCUGGGCCUCCAGAGAGGAGAUCAUGGAGUUCACCAACGAUGACAUCCUCCAGCGCCGGCUCCUGUACCAGCACGAUGACUCCGAGACACUGGAGGACGACAUCCCCUUCGUAGCCAUCAGGCAGGGCGAGGGCAGCAGUGAGCCCGAGGCAGAGGAGGUGAGAGGCGUUUUCAGGGUCUCCAUCCAACCUGUCAAUGACCACGUCCCGGUCCAAGUGGUGAACAAGGUCUUCAACGUGGUGCGCAACGGGCAGCACCUGCUGACCACAGACGACAUCGCCUUCGCCGACAAGGACUCCGGCUUCUCCGACUCGCAGCUGGUGCUGGCGAGGAAGGACAUCUUGUUUGGCAGCAUUGUGUCCGUGGAUGACAGAAGCCACCAGCUCUAUCGGUUCACACAGGAUGACCUGAGGAAGAAGAAGAUCCUUUUUGUCCAUUCGGGGGCUGAUCGAGGCUGGAUCCAGCUACAGGUCUCUGACGGCCUCCACCAAACCACGGCCCUCCUGGAGGUUCAGGCAUCAGACCCCUACAUCAAAAUUGUCAACAACACUGGGCUAGUCAUCCACCAGGGGAGCCGAGGGAGCAUUGACUCUUCUGUCCUCAGCCUGGAGACCAACAUGGACAUCAGGUCAGAUGAAGAGAUACGGUUCCUGGUAACAACCCCCCCAAGGUGGGGGACUGUGCUGAGAGGGGAACAGCCAGUUAUGGCCUUCUCCCAGAGAGACCUGCUAGCAGGAGAGAUCUCCUACCACCACAAUGGGAGUAGGAACACCCGGGAUGAGCUCCAGUUCACUGUAGAAGCAAACGAGGUAGCAGUGGAGGACACGAUGGCCAUCAGCGUGUUCCUGGACACCCAUCCCAGCCCCCUGCACAUAGUCAACCACAAGGAGAUGCAUGUCUUCCAGGGAGAAGCAGCUGGGAUCAAGGAGGAAUACUUACUGGUGACCCAUGAAGAGAUCCCUCCCCAGGACAUUGUCUACCUGGUGAGCAGCCCCCCAGCCUCCGGCUUCCUGGCGAUGCUUCAGCACAGCGGAGACUCAAACGAGCAGCCCAGCCUGGACCCCAUCCAGUCCUUCACCCAGGAGGACAUCAACAAUGGCAGAGUCCUCUACUUGCACUCCAGGCCAGAGGAAGAGCACGACCAGUUUGUGGUGGACAUCACGGCCCAGGGUGCAGACCCACUGGAGGGAGUGGUGGUCAGCCUGGCAGUGCUCCCCAUCACCGUCCCCCUGGAUGUCCACAACAUCACAGUGCCAGGAGGUGGUUCUGCUACCCUCUCCACGGGCAUCCUCAACAUCCCCAACACCUACUACACGGCUCUGGGCGUGGAGUUCAGGGUGCUGGAGCCCCCCCGUUUCGGCACCCUCCUGAACAGCGAGCGGCCCGAGGAUGGUGGGCUGCACAGCUUCACCUGGAGCCAGGUGGAGGACCAGCAGAUCCAGUACAGGCAGGACGGUUCCCGGGCCCAGACCGACAGCUUCACCCUCUUGGCCAACGCCACUGAGGUGGCCCGGCAGAGCCAGCCCAGGACCCUCCUCAUCACCAUCCUGCCCCGCAGCUCCAGGGGACCCCGGCUGAGGGUCAACGCCGGCCUGCAGCUGCGGGAAGGCACCACGGCUGCCAUCGGCCCCCACGUCCUGAGCGCCGAGGACGAGGACUCCCCAGCGGAGGAGGUGACCUACUCCAUCCAGCCCCCGGCCAACGGGAAGGUUGUGCUGAGGACAGCGCCCAGCGCUGAGGUCCAGCAGUUCACCCAGGCCCAGAUAAACGACGGCCUCGUCCUCUUCGUGCAUCAAGGGCCCUUGGAUGGAGGCUUUGCCUUUGACCUGUGGGAUGGUGAGAACCUGUCUCCUGGACACUUCUUCCUCAUCAGGGCCCAGAGGGAGCCCCUCAUCAGCCUGGCCAAGAAGCAGAGCCUCACUGUCUGCCCAGGUGGCCUCCAGCCCAUCACCAGCCAGAACCUGCAGGCAGUGACCAACAGCCCCACCAGCUCCAGCACCCUGUACUACAGCAUCGAGCAAGCCCCACGCCUGGGCAGGCUCAGCACCUCCCAGGGAGAGGAGAUCAGGAACUUCACCCAAGCCCAGGUGGACAGUGGGUUAAUUUUCUACCAGCACGAGAUGCCAGAGAAGCCCUUCUGGCUUGCCCAAGAUGCCAUCCGCUUCCGUGUGGUUGCUCCCACCACCAUCUCUGACUCCUUCAUCCUCCUUGUGCUGAUCUCCUUUGAGGCCAGGUGUCCCCAGCUCUCAACUCAGCUGUGGAGAAAUGCAGGUCUCCAGCUGGCAAGGUCUCAACAGGCAGAGAUCAGCACCUCAGUGCUGGAUGCCUCCAACCUCCUGAGCCAAGUCCCAGUCCCUGAGAGGGCUGCACAUGAUGUUGUCUUCCUGGUGACAGGGCUGCCAGCUCAUGGGCAGCUCGUGGUGGCUGGUGUGUCCCUGGAGCAGUCACAGCCAUUCUUCCUGCAGUCAGACCUGGCUGCGGGGCACCUGGCAUACGCCCACAGUGGGGACAGCAUCUCUGAAGACCAAUUCAGCUUCAAGGCUUGGCUCCGACCCCAGGCACAGCAGUCCAUCCGUCCUCCACAGGAAGGGGUGGUCAUCUCUGAAGCUUUCAACAUAACUGUGACCAGCAGCAACAAGGCACCACAGGUGGUGAAGCGGCAAGAAGUGCUGCGGGUCCCACCAGGCUCCAUGGUAACCUUGUCCCAGGAGUACCUGGACGUGGCAGACCCAUCAGGCUCCCCAGAAGAGAUGGUGUACAGAGUCCUCCGGAGACCUCUCACUGGUCAUCUGGCCCAUGCACACAACCCACGGGAGCCCAUCAGCCACUUCACCCAAGCAGAUGUCAACGCAGGCCACGUGGUGUUUGUUGCCACCAGGAGCCGUGCCCCAGGGUCCUUAGCCCUGAGCCUCUCUGAUGGGCACCACUUGCCCACCUUGACCUCACUGGAGAUCGAGGUGCUGCCUGUGGUGAGCACCACUGCCAGCCCAGUGCUGCUGGAGGUGCCCCAAGACCUGAACAGGGCCACCAUGUCCCACCGUCACCUCCUGGGAGCCACACAGCCGCGGGCAGGCAAUGCCCUGUACAGGAUCACCAGAAACCCAAGGUUUGGUCAAGUGCUGGUCAACCAAAAGCCAGCACGGGGCUUCUCACAGAAGCAGCUGGACCGUGGGGAGGUGACGUUCACCUUCACCGACCUCACCUCUCCUGAGGACAGCUUCCAGUUCUCUGCCAUGUCACAGGCAGCCAACAGGAGCGGGGUGGUGAACGUGACUGUCCGUGCCUUGGUGAAGGCUCAGCCAGGCAGCGUGUGGCCCAGGGGCACCACAGCCCUCCUGGACACCAGUGUCCUCGACGCCAGCGAGCUGGCCAACCGCACCAAGAGCGUCCCAGUCUUCAAGAUCCGCAGGGCGCCCCGUGCCAGCCGCCUCGUGAGGGUCUCCAGGGACCCAGGGCAACCCACCACCCCAGUUGACACCUUCAGCCAGGGCGAGCUGGAGCAAGGGCUGGUGGGGCUGGAGGUGUUGGAUGCUGGGGAAACCAACGAGCCCCUGCAGAGUGACAGCUUCAUCUUUGAGCUGGUGGCCACUGGCGUGCCACCAGCACUGGCAUCCCUGGGGUACAGCACGGAGCCCUACAACACCUCCAAGGCCUAUGGUGUCACCCUGCUCACAGCCCCCCUGGCACCCUCAGCCCCACUGCCCCGGGGCACAGCACGGAGCAGCCCCAAUGCCAGCGAGCUGGGCAUGGCCCCCACUGCCUGGCCAGGCCCCAGUGCCACCACCAGUCCCGUGGAAGGGGGCACCUUCCUCAGCUUCAUCGAAGCCAACAUGUUCAGUAUCAUCAUCCCCAUCUGCCUCAUCUUCCUCUUGCUGGCCCUCAUCCUGCCCCUGCUCUUCUACCUGCACAAGCGCAACAAGACAGGGAAGCACCACGUCCAGGGCACCCCCUCCUCCAAGGCCAAGAACGGGGCUGUGCCAGACCAGGAGACCUUCCGGAGGACGGACCCCAACCAAGGCAUCCCCCUAACAACUGUCAACGCCCUGGAGGGCAAGGGCACAGGUCCCCAACCCCAGGGCACAGGACCCGGGGCACCGCCAGACCCUGAGCUCCUCCAGUACUGCCGGACUUCCAACCCCCCCUUGAAAAACAACCAGUACUGGGUGUGAUGGGCUCAGGCACGGGGACACAAGCCCAGCUGGGGAUCCAGACCCUCCUGGAGCACCACCGGCCACUUCCUCCUGGCUCUCCUCCUUCUCCCUGGGAGCUGGCAUCCCACUUGUGCAGGAGAGCCCCGAGGAUACAGGGGCUGCAGGUCCAGUCCACCCAGGAGCCCCAAAUCUCCAGGUGGUUUUAGGCCAGGGAGGGGGACACUGCACAGUCAAGUGGGGGCAGGCAAAAUGCUUGAGCAACUCUGGGGAAACACUGACUUUGGAGAUGCUCACUGGGGCCACGGGGCUGGAGGGGACCUGGUGGCACUGGUUCCCAGUAAGCCAUCAGUGCCUUCUCCACGGGCAGCACCGUUUUUUCCACAGCUUUCCAUGCAAAAAGGAGGAUGAGGAGCAGCUUGUGCUGAGUCAGGCUGGGGGAUGAACCUGCCUAAAUCCCACCCCCCGGGGCUAAGUGGGCUGAGCCACUUGAGCAGAGGCUUGGAAAAAAAAAAAACACACCACAAAAAACUGUGGCCAACAUCAGGGGAAUGUCCCCACCCACUUGGAAAAAAAUCCGCCUUAUUCUUU